GUGGGGAGGGUGAAACACCCCUCCACACACACACGACAUACUAUUCAGUAGUCACAGAUUUUACUCUUAAUGGGGGUGUUUUGCAUUUGUUAAUAAAGCUCCUAACUGCAAGCCAGAGUUAGUUCCCAACAGAAAGGCGAUGAACAGGACAGUCUGUCCACCGGUUAAACUGGCCUCGUGGAAAAGAUUGGCCCCUCUGGGCUGUUUCCUGCAGGUCAAGUCAAGCUGGGAAUCAUUUACAGUAUUUAGCAUCAAAAUACCUUCUCCAGCUGUGUUGAUUUGAUUCCUCAGGGCCUACGGCUCUCCGAGGCAACACCAAUCAGUCAACUGUCCUUUAAAGCAGGCCGCAUGCUUGGUGCCAGAGUCUGAUGCUUGUAACAAUGCGGGUGGUAGCAUCUGCCUUCACUGCGGCUAAUUUACAGAGUAAAAGACUGUUUGGCAUGAUAAGGGAUCAGGAACUGAGGCAUUUAUAAUGGAUGUUCCCUCGUAGGAGCAAUUUGUUACAGACCUGGGAUGAAAUCUUGGCCCCCAUUGAAGUCAAGGCCAAAACUCCCCUUGACUUGCAAAUGGGCCAGGAUUUCAUCCCUGCUGUCCUUCUCUCUCUUGUUCUCUGGUCCUCCCAGUAUCACCAUGACUGAGCGCGAGAGCCUGACCCUCAGACCUCGCUACUGCCUCCAAUGUUCCGAGUCCUUGGGAGGCGGCCCAGCCAGCAGAGGGGCUAACCAGGGGGACCUGAAAGAGUUGUACAAGGCUGGGAACCUGACAGUGUUUGCUGGCGACCUUCUGCUCCCUGGUCUCCCCGUCCAGCUGGACUUCCAUUUCCAACUCGGUCCCCACAGCUCCGCUCACUGGCACGGAUUCCUGACCGACGGCAAGCUUUUCCUGGACACGCCCCGCGGCGCCCUGGAUCAAAACAACCGCGAAAGCCUGACUGCGACGCUGGAAUACGUGGAGGAACAGACCGCCGUGAACCUCGUGUUUGUGAACUUCCAGCCGGCUCGCAGGGAUCGCGGAGCCCUGUUGCGAGCAUUCAGCUACUUGGGCUUUGAGGUUGUCAGACCAGAUCAUCCCUCGCUGCCGCCCUGGCAGGACGUCAUCUUCAUGGUUUACCCGCUGGAGCGAGACUGCUGCCCGGAGCUGGAAUGAGAGUUCCCGAAGCCGGGCAUUCUGCAAAGACAGGAUGAGAUGGGUGGGGGACGGCUUAGCUCCCACUUAACUUGGGCCUGGAACUGGCAGGAUCGGGCAGAGGCUUUGAGUUGAUGUGUGUAACUGAGCGUGUCCCCAUGAGCAUCAUUAAACGGGCGUGAAAGCA